GGUCAAAUUCCCGAUUGGGAAACAUUGAAAACAUUGAAAACGCGAAAGCACCGUCGACAACUACAAACAUGGAAGAACCAGCGCAACUAUCGUCAGAAUCAGGAGGAAAACGACAGAUCGAAGAGGAGGGAGAUGAAGAAUGGAUUGGUCCUAUGCCUGCCGAGGCAGUCAAACCAAAGAAACGAAAAGUUCUUGAGUUUGAGGAUACGUAUCUAAGGAAUCUACCAUCGGCAGAGCUGUAUGAGAAAAGCUACAUGCACCGGGACGUCAUAACACACAUCGCAGUCAGCAAGACAGAGUAUAUAAUCACAGCGAGUUGCGAUGGCCAUGUGAAAUUCUGGAAAAAACAGGACCUCGGUAUUGAGUUUGUGAAGCAUUUCAGAGCACAUCUGGGACGGAUUGGGAGUAUAUCAGUCAGUGUGGACGGCAUGCUACUCUGCACAGUUGCUGACGACAAAUCCAUGAAAAUAUUUGAUGUUGUCAAUUUUGAUAUGAUCAACAUGAUGAAGAUUGAUUAUGAGCCGGGAUGUUGUGAGUGGGUAUAUAGGUCAGGUGACGCCAUCUCUGCAUUAGCUUGUUCGGAGAAAAAUACCGGCAACAUUCACAUCUACGAUGGUCGGUCAAGCAGCAUUGCAAUCCACACACUCAGCUCACUGCACAGUAGCCCCGUCAUCGUCAUGAAGUAUAACCCCAUCUAUGAGGUGAUGUUGUCAGUCGACAAACAGGGCAUUGUUGAAUACUGGACGGGACCCAAGAAAGACUACAAGUUUCCCACACAAGUUGCCUUCAAGUACAAGACAGAUACUGACCUCUAUGAGUUUGUUAAGUGCAAGACCGUUCCGAUGGGAGUUGCGUUUUCACCCAACGGCAAACUCUUUGCCACUCUUGCCAAAGACCGGAAGGUGCGGGUCUUCAAGUUUCUGACAGGCAAACUGACGCGAGUCUUUGACGAGUCGUUGCAGACAUUCAGUGAGUUGCAGCAGAUGAGACAACAGCUACCUGACAUGGAGUUUGGUCGUCGAAUGGCGGCUGAGAGGGACCUGCAGAAAUCAGAGUCAUUCUCAUUAGCAAACAUCGUUUUUGACGAGACCGGAAACUUUGUUCUGUACGCUACAAUGCUGGGCAUCAAGAUCCUGAACCUGUACACCAACAAGUGCUCAAGAAUGUUGGGAAAGCCGGAGAAUAUUCGCUUCUUACAGCUCGCCCUCCACCAGGGUGUCUCCAAACCCACGAAGGCCGCCCUUUCAGUGGAGAUGCAAGCCUCAGACAACCCCGCUCUGAUCAAUCUGAACUUGGACCCCACGCUGGUCUGCACUGCCUUCAAGAAAAAUCGAUUCUACCUGUUCAGCUUACGCGGGCCGGACGACGCCAAAAGCGCGGACGCGGAGCGAGACGUUUUCAAUGAAAAGCCGUCCAAAGAAGAGCAAAUGGCCGCCACACAGGGUACGACCGCACAGAGGUUAUCUAACCAAGCCUGCAUACACACAUCCAUGGGAGAUGUCACCGUGCAGCUCUUCCAGACAGAAUGUCCAAAGACGGUUGAGAACUUCUGUGUUCACAGUAGGAACGGUUACUACAACGGACACAUCAUACACCGCGUCAUCAAGCAGUUUAUGAUACAGACCGGCGACCCUCUCGGGGAUGGCACGGGAGGUGAGUCCAUCUGGGGUGGUGAGUUUGCCGACGAGUUUCAUCCAACGUUAAAACACAACCUACCCUACACGCUCAGUAUGGCCAACGCGGGACCCAACACUAACGGAUCCCAGUUCUUCAUCACGGUCGUGCCAUGUCCCUGGUUGGACAACAAGCACACGGUCUUCGGCCGGGUCACGAGAGGCAUGGAGGUGGCGCAGAAGAUCAGCGAGGUCAAGACACAUUCUAAGACAGACAAGCCGCUGGAUGAGAUCAAAAUAAUCAGCAUCAGCGUCAAAUAACCCUCAGUCAAUUUUGCGUAUGUUUUAAAGUACCUCAGCUGAAUAAGUAACACUCAUAUACUGUUGUAGUGCAGUUCACAACAUCAGACUCUGUCUCCAAUUCCAAGUCCUAAGUUUGUAAAAAGACUCUGACUUCAGUUAAGACUCGAGACUUACAACAAUGUUUCUGUCAACUUAGCCUGAAAUCCUUGUAUAUUUAUUAGAAAUUUCGAUGGAGAUAAGGAGUUGUGAAAUAUCACCAAAUUCAGAAUAUCUGAAUUCCAAACUUGAAACCUGUUGGACAGGAAUAUUUUCAUUGAUUAGUUGUCAAGUGUGUCGUCAUGCAAAAAGAUCAUUUUUGAUUGUUUGCGCCAUUGACAAACAGUUGGCUUAAUAAUAAUAAUAAUAGUGGAUAUUUAUAAAGCGCACGUAUCCACCAGGACUGGUGCU